UACCAAUGAUUCUGAUUGUGUGAUAAAACCAUUGAAGGAAAAUCUCAUUAAUAAUUACCUCAACAUUUUUUUUAAAAAUCCCAUAUACAAUCAAGUACAUACUGUAACUCUGUAUAUGUCUACUGCUUGGUUUUCGAAGAUGAUAUCGCUGCAAAUUAGAGAAUUACAAGCGCCAACACGACGACGUUGCAUGAGCAGGAUGAGAGGGUUGGUGAAUAGGAGGAGCACAGGGGAAGAAGCGUUGUUAUUGUCGCCGUCUGCGGCGGAGAACGAGGAGAUGAGGCCGGAGGAGGAAAAGCUGCCGCCGCCGCCUAGCUGGAGGCCUCAUCCUCGUACCGGAAUAUAUUUUCCGGCAGGGCAAGAAGGAGUUAUGGACGACGUUCCGAGUGGCGCUGCCGCUCUCUCCCCCACUUACUGGCUGAGGAACGUCGACGGCGUCGACAAACCUUUUUAAUUACUGAUUGAUUACACGGAGAAACCUUUUAUGAAAAUAUUGUCUUCCUUUUACUCCAUUUUAAUUAUGUCAAAUUAGAGGGAUUAGAAAUAAAGAAUCUGGAAGCUAGCUAUUUAGGAUGGAUAAUUGGAUAUCAUCCAUCCAUCCAAAACAAAUAAAGAUGGAUUAUCUACUCCAUCUAUAUCUUCUUUAAUUCGACUCUUUUUCUCUCCAUUCUCCAAAUGCUUGCAUUAAAUUUUGGGAAAAUUA